AUGAGUUACCAGGAGUUCAGUACCCCUGGAAGUUGUGACGAUUAUGUAAUGGGCAAAGAUGACCAUCAUGACCUUUAUCUUCCAGGGAUUUUUUUCUGCAACACUUGUCCUGGGACAUAUGCAUCUGAAAUGUCAGUGUGUCUAAAUGAUAAUCCAUCACAUUACAAAAUAGCAUUGUCUGGCACUAUGAAGUCACCAAAACUAAAUUUCGAUCCCCCCUUUGUAAUGCUGAUGCCAGUUCCACUGGAUGUGAAAACUGAAGCAACUAUCAAUAUCAUUCCACAAGAUUAUUUAAGGCAAUCACGAAUUCAAGUGGAACUUCCAGAGCUUGAACUUGAAGAUGGUGACAGGAUUCACCCUUUUUCUGUACAGUUCCCAGGAGGACAAGAUACUGUUCUGUCAUCAGAUGGCACAAAUAAGGAACUAAUUUGUUAUAUCAGCUUCAGAUCACCCAGGCCAGUGUCAUUUCUAGGGAGUAUGUUCUUCAUUGAUGAAGAAGAAAACAGGUUCUCAAUUCAAGUUGCUGCAGCAGCAGAGAAUUGCCUUCUUACUUUAUACCCGUACUUGGCAUUUCACCGCUCAGAUCAACAAAUUAUCUUGAGAAGCAACAGUAAAGACUGCAGCAGUGGAGAAGUUGUUCUGCAUCCUUGUUAUACUCCACAAUCACUUUCCCAUAGUACUUCCUCAAGUUCCUUUGGUGCAACCACUGACUCAACCUAUGAAGAUUCUCAAUCAGAGUCGGAUACUACUUUUGAAAGUGAGAGUGAUGAAACGAUGAGUGAAGAGAGUGAAGCUAACAGUCAAAGUCAUGGGAGAGAAAAUAAAUUUGAAUUAUCAUUUUUUCCUGAUGAAGAUAAAGAGGAGUACAUCUUCUUUCAGAAAACCCUAACUGCUGUUAAGAAUUGGUUCACUCUCUUUGGUUGGUCUAAGGGACAAAAUCCUAUUUCAAUACCAUAUUCACUAAGACGUGAUGUGACAUCUUCGCAAGAAAAGGUUGUUAAACAAAACCUUGGCAAAGAUACUAAGACUGUUUAUGACAUGAUAUUUCAUCUGAGUGGACAGUUGUUGCCAGGCAUUACAUCGAGCCAGUCAUUGCCCGUUGAUCCAGUUGAACGAAUGUUACAGCUCCACUGCCAGCAUUCUACAUUGCUUGCUUUCCUUAAAAGCCAAGGAGCAUAUCUUCCUCAUGUUAUGCCAGAAUUUCUGCUUGAACCUGAUGAUUAUAAGAAAUGGAUUAAAGUGCAAACUGUAAUGAAGAAAGACCACGUGCUUAGUGACAGUCCUUUGAACGCUAAUGGAAGUCCUCUGUGGACCGGUCACAAGGCUGAGUUGAAAAAAGGAGAUGUGAAAAAUUCUGACAAGCAUCUAUUCAUUCUGGAGGACAGCAUAUUUGAAACAAUGAGCAAACGAGCUUGGACAGAUGUGCUGCUGCAGGUAUACAAGGUGUUUGUUCUUCCACGUGUUUCUUCACCUAAUCUCACUGAUCUGUUCAGUUUGGAAAGCAUGCAGAACAUGCCAAGAAUAAAAUCAGAACCUUUAUCCAGUAAUAUAUAUUCUCCACAUGAACGAACCAUCCUCACCUGGUUAAAUAAACAUUAUGAGAAGAACCGAAAAACCGUGUGGAAAGAUUGCCAAAAAGGUGAAGUACCACCAAAGAGAUGGAUAGUAAAUUUUGACAGAGAUCUUCUGGAUGGUCUGGUACUGGCAGCACAGCUGGCAGCUUAUUGUCCAUAUUUGAUUGCUACUCACUUUGUAAGGAUGUAUACUAAUCCGAGAACUCCUGAACAGUUUCUGCACAAUGGUUUGAUACUUGUGAAUGCUAUGCAUGCUGUCAGUCUGGCUAUAGACCUAAAG